CCAGGACCUCAGUCUCACGGUUGAGGCUUGACUCUGAACUGGACAUUGUGCCAUGAGAGGACUCUUGAUUCUAGCAGUGCUGUGCCAGGGGCUGUUUGCCACCAGCGCCUCAGACUGCAGGAAUUAUACAGCACAGGCCGCUGCCGAAGAAGCCGAAUACCUCAUCAACAGACUACACCAUCAUGGAUAUAAGUUCAAACUGGACAGUUUCACAGAGGAACAGAGUACAACAGGUCAGCCUUCAUGUCUAAAUGAAUUGACCUUGACAUUAAGUGAGACCAAAUGCCAUAUUGUGAACCCCAAGCCUUUUAAUGAAUGUGAGAUCAGGCAGGAAUAUGACACGCCAGUAACAGCAAAAUGCAACGUGACUUUCUGUGAUGGUGGAGAUAAACCAGGCAUCGCACGCUUAAUCUGUGACACUGAGCCAGUUUCACCAAUACAGCUAACAAGAGUGUGCCCUGAUUGCCCAACCCUUCUGCCCUUGCAUGAUCCUCAGGGCUUGGAGAGUGUAAAAGCUGCCAUAGAGAAGUUCAACAAGGAUUCUAACCAAACUUCCUACUUUAAAGUAUUGGAAGUUGGCAGACUAAGAACCCAGAAUAACAUGAUGUUUGGAAUGUCCCACUUUGCCGAGUUUGCCAUAGUAGAGACUGAGUGUGGAGACGAUGUGAAAGAAAAAACUGCCUGCAAGCAAAAAUGCCCCAGUGAAGCACAUCAUGGAUUCUGCAAAUCUACGCAACUUGGAAAUGGUGACUUGACUGUAGACUGUGAGAUUUAUGACAUCCAGAACACAACACAUCACCCACAUCCUCCAUUCCACCGUGGAAAGCACUGUGGGAAACAUGAGCGACACCCACACGGUCCAGGGCACCAUGAAAGACACCCACAUGGUCCAGGGCACCAUGAGAGUGGAGAACAUGAAGGUCCUCCAGGGCAUGGCAAGAAAGGAAAACAUGAAGGUCCUCCAGGGCACGGAGAGAAAGGAAAACAUGAAACCCGUCCAGGACACCCGGCACGUCCUGGUCAGCCUGAGCAUCCAGAGCAUGCCACCAGCACCGGUCCGUUAAGCCAUCGAUUCUGUUUUACUCGUUCAUCUAGGGGCCCACCUCAUCAUGGAGGUCAUCCUCAUCAUAGAGGUCCACCUCAUCAUAGAGACCAUGGAGAACAUGACCAUGGCCAUAAGAAACCUCACCCUAAGCCAGAUGUGCCCAAUGCUCAACCUACCCCUCCAGGAUCUGAGGAAAGCCCAGAUUUCUCUUUUCCGCACUGCCAUGGUGCUGUGAAAAUACCACCAUCCAUCCAUCCUAUCUGUCCAUUCCCUCCUUCAUUCCACAGAGGGGAUCAUCAUUAAAGCUGAACUUCGCCAGGGAUUUUUUUUCAUACAAUCAGAAGUAGAAAUGUUGAGAUUAAGUUUAAGCAAACACUUACAUUCAAUUAAAUGAAGCUACAAAAGGUUUUGUUAAACGAUUGAAUAAAGCUCCUGUAUCACCAUGCAGUCAGA